AAUAAUAAAAGGUGGGUCCACCGUCAACAUAUUCUCUCCGGAGUGUAUACGUUUUCAAUCACCCUCGUUCCUCACUGUUGCAAAACACUCUCUUCUCUCCGUUGGUCUGCAGAAAUAGAAUGGGGGCGGAGGUGGUGGUGGUGGAGAGACCCACUGCACGUCUCACAAGCAUCCCACAAACAGUAAUAGCCGAAGACCUGUUACAGUACCUCGAGUCUCAACUCGGUCAAGACUCGGUCUUUGCAAUUGAAAUUUGUACAGAGCGCAAAAACUGGAAAUCCCGGGGUUUUGGCCGUGUCCAAUUCUCUACUCUCGAAUUUAGACAUAAAGCCCAAUCAUUGUGUCUACAAAACAAGCUUGUCUUUAAAUCUCACUACCUCUUGGUCUCUGAUACUUAUGAUGACAUCAUUCCUAGGCCUAUCAAGCCCCAACAUAGACAAGAGAAUGGGGUUUUGUAUGCGGGUUUUAUGAAACAAGAGCGUUGCUUGUGUGUGCUGGAGAGCUGGGAAGAUGUUAGAGGGUGGUUAAUGCCUGAGAGAAGGAGAGUGGAGUUUUGGCUUUGGGUUGAUAAGGAUUGUUAUAAGGUGGAGAUUAGGUUUGAGGAUGUUAAGGAUGCUGUUGGGUUCUGUUUGGGAGGUGACAAAGUUAAUGCAGUUCUUCUUAAGCUUAGGUAUGGACCAAGAAUUUAUAAAAGAAUUUCUGGACCUGAUGUAGCUUCAAAAUUUAGUGCUGAUAGGUACCAUAUAUGCAAAGAAGAUUUUGACUUUAUAUGGGUUCGUACUGCAGACUUUUCAUCUGUGAAAUCAAUUGGAAAAUCAACUUCAUUUUGUUGGGAAGUUGAAGAAGGACUAGAUGCGUCAGACAUUUUUACAAGUUUCCCCUAUUAUGUUGAGGAUAGAAGGGAUAUAGUUUUAGAAGAUGGGGAGAAAUUCCACCCUAUAACAUCAGAAAUGGUUCCACUUGCUGGAUAUGAAUCUGAUUCUAAGUUAGCUUAUGAGAUCUUUUUCCAGUUGAAUUCUCUCGUCCAUACACACAAAAUUAGUCUUGCUGCAGUGGAUACUGAUCUGUUCAAAAUUCUUGGAAGUUUGACUAUAGAUACUGCCAUGGCAAUCCUUCAGAAGUUGCAUAAGUUGACAUUCACUUGCUAUGAUCCUGUGUCUUUUGUUAAGAAACAAUUACAUGCUCCAAGAAGAAACCUCAAAAAGCCUUCAUCAUCACAAAAAAGCUCAACAGAUCAUAACAUAAUGAUCUGUCACAGGGCCUUAAUUACACCAUCAAAGAUUUACUGCUUGGGUCCUGAGCUUGAAUCCUCUAACUAUGUUGUUAAAAACUUUGCAUCAUAUGCUUCGGACUUUAUGAGAGUCACUUUUGUUGAAGAAGAUUGGAGUAAGCUUCCUGUAAAUGCCAUUUCCACAAGUAUCCAGCACGGCAUUUUUGCUAAACCUUUCAGAACUAAAAUAUAUGAAAGAAUAUUGUCUGUUCUUCGAGAUGGGAUUGUGAUUGGAGCUAAAAGGUUUGAAUUUCUGGCUUUCUCAGCUAGUCAGCUGCGAUCAAAUUCUGUUUGGAUGUUUGCUUCUAAUGACAAUGUGAAGGCAGAAGAUAUUAGACAAUGGAUGGGUUGCUUUAAUAAGAUUCGCAGUAUUUCCAAAUGUGCAGCAAGGAUGGGUCAAUUGUUCAGUGCUUCUAAGCAAACUUUUGUUGUUCCGGCAGAAGAUGUGGAGAUUAUUCCUGACAUUGAAGUUACAUCUGAUGGCAUUGGCUACUGCUUCUCUGAUGGUAUUGGCAAAAUUUCCCUUUCUUUUGCUCAGCAGGUUGCUCAAAAAUGUGGAUUGAAUCAUACUCCAUCAGCAUUUCAAAUUCGAUAUGGUGGCUUUAAAGGCGUAAUAGCUGUUGAUCGUAAUUCCUUGAGGAAAUUAUCUUUGCGUAGCAGUAUGCUUAAAUUUGAAUCAGAAAACAGGAUGCUUAAUGUCACUAAAUGGAGUGACUCCAUGCCUUGCUACUUGAACCGAGAGAUAGUUACACUAUUGUCUACAUUGGGUGUGAAGGAUGAGAUAUUUCAGGGUUUGCAACAGCAACAGUUGCAUCUUCUGGGCAGAAUGCUGAAUGAUAGAGAGGCAGCUUUGGAUGUCUUAGAGAAUUUGGCUUGGGUUGAUUCCAGGAACAUUAUGGUAAAGAUGUUGCUUCAAGGUUACAAGCCCAAUGUGGAGCCUUACCUGUCAAUGAUGCUUCAAGCUUAUCAUGAAAACUUGUUAGUGGAAUUAAGAAGUAGGUGUCGAGUAUUUGUUCCAAAAGGUCGUAUUCUUAUUGGUUGCUUGGAUGAAGAAGGGAUUCUAGAUUAUGGCCAGAUUUACGUCCGCGUAACCUUGAGCAAAUCAGAGCUACAGAAUGCAGAUCAGAGCUUUUUCCGGAAGGUAGAUGAAACUACAUCUAUUGUAACAGGGAAGGUAGUUGUUACCAAAAAUCCUUGUCUUCACCCUGGAGAUGUCAGAGUGCUUGAGGCUGUCUAUGAAGUGGGCCUGGAAGAGAAGGGUUUGGUUGAUUGCAUUCUUUUUCCUCAGAAAGGUGAAAGGCCUCAUCCAAAUGAAUGCUCUGGUGGUGAUCUUGAUGGGGACUUAUUUUUCAUAAGCUGGGAUGAAGAUCUUAUACCGAGUCAAACUGAGAGCCCAAUGGAUUAUCUAGGGCGGAGACCUCGUAUAAUGGAUCACGAUGUCAAAUUAGAGGAAAUUCACAAAUUUUUUGUUGAUUACAUGAUCAAUGAUACUUUGGGUGCCAUCUCCACUGCACAUUUAGUCCAUGCCGAUCGCGAACCAGAUAAAGCCCGAAGUAGAAAAUGUCUAAAGUUGGCUGAACUCCACUCGAUGGCAGUUGACUUUGCAAAGACAGGUGCGCCAGCUGAGAUGCCUAGGGCUUUGAAACCAAAAGAAUUUCCAGAUUUCAUGGAGAGAUUUGACAAAUCAACGUACAUCUCUGAUGCGGUAUUGGGAAAACUCUACCGCGGAACCCUUGAUUCAACUUUACAGGGAAGGACAAAGUUUAUUUGGUCGGAGAAGAUUGCUGAAGCAACCUAUGACUGCAAUCUUGAAGUGGAGGGCUUCAUGGAGUUCAUUGACAUCGCCGCGAAUCACAAAUACAUGUAUAUGGAGAAACUGAGUGGCUUGAUGAAUUAUUACGAGGCAAAGAAUGAAGAUGAGAUGCUGACAGGUAAUCUACGAAACAAGGCAAUGUAUUUGCAGCGUGACAACAGAAGGUAUGGAGAUACGAAGGAUCGAAUUCUGCUCUCCAUGAAGAGCCUGCAGAAAGAGGCUAAAGAAUGGUUUGAGAGCAGCUGCCGGCCAAGUACACAGCAGUGCCUAGCAUCAGCAUGGUAUCAUGUUACUUGCCAUCCAAAUUAUUUUCAAGAAGGCAUAACUUGCUUGGGCUUUCCAUGGAUUGUAGGUGACAUCCUCUUGAACAUAAAGACUGCAAGUAACAAAAAGGGCCACACAUGAAGAAGAAGAAGAAGAAGAAGAAGAAGAAGAAGAAUACAUUUUUGUAUUCUUUGGCGUCACAACAAAGGGAGACUCAAUUGGUGCUGUAUAAAUUAAAUGUAUUUGGCAAUUUCUCUUUCAGUCCAGAUUUUCGUCAAACUUCAACUAGAUAUUAACAAAGAAAGCAACACUUAAA